CAUAACAAAGGAUAAAGACAAAGUUUGCAUUGCAAAAAAAAUGUGUUAUGGGACUUUUUCAACAUAAAAUAAUGAGGUAAACUGUAGUCAGUUGAAGGAAUGUGUUGAAUUCAGUACCGUUUCUCUCUGAUUAAAUCACACAUAAUAACAAAAGCAAACACUUUAAGGCUUCAGAUAAGGCGGGAUUUAAAAAUCAAAGAACAGGGUAAGCUUUUAGGGUGCGGAGAAGACACAUUGCCAGAGAACCUCCGAAGACUAGCAAUGGAAUGCGACUGUAAACCUGAGAGUACUUGCACUUCAGCAUCCCUCUGCGAGACCGAACAGCAACUUAUCACUCCUGGCCUUUGGACAGACUACGACAGUGUGUUGACAGGAGCACUUGCCGUUUUGGGCUUCUUGCUGUACAGGUUCACACAAGCUCUCCCUUUCCUGAUUCGAUGGCCAAUCCGUCUUGUCUGCUCUUUCACUGGUAUGAGCACAAUGUGGAGCUGGGUAUCCCAUCUUGUCAAAAUGGUUCUUGGGUUAAGGACCUUGUUUAAGUGGCUGUGUCAUCUCUGGAAGAUUUUAUUCGGUUCUGUCAGUAACAUAACAAAAUGCUGGAAGAUUGUGGCUGACCUGAUCCAAAACCUGCAAGACCGGUCCACCGACAGAAGGAACUUCCAAGAACCUGCCCCAAUGACCUUCUAUCCCUCCGACCCUGGACUCCGGCUCAUUCUGGUGGGGCCUUGCGUGGCUGACCUUGGCUUGUUCCGGGACGCACUGUUGGGCUGCCCUCCCUCCAGUGGGAGGAGCAGCGAAGGGUGCCAGCAGCAGUGUGUGAGACGGCGGGCCUUCGUGGACGGACGGGAGGUGGUCACGGUGGACACCCCGGACAUCCUGGGGGCGUCGCUGGGACCAGCAGAGGUCGCGCGGGAGGCGUUACGGAGCCUGCAGCUGGCCAGCCCUGGUCCCCACGCCUUCCUGCUGGUCCUGCGGGCCCCUGGGCUGAGCGAUGACGGAGGAGACGGAACAAAGGCGCUGCGCAGCCUCCUGGACUUGGUGGGCGAGGGGGCUCUGGAUCACGUUCUCCUGGUGCCGAUCCACACGGGCUCCCCAGGGGCCUCCGGCACGGUAUCGACGGCGGCUCCUGGGGGUCUUAUGGCACUGCUGUCGCUGUGCGGUCAGAGGCUGGAGCCGUUGGACAUCGGGCCCGCCUGUCCCCUGGCCAGCCGAAGGGCCCACAGUCAGCGGCUCGUAGACAGGGCUGUGCAGAUGAGGACCCUGAGGGGCCACUACCUCCACCGGCUCCAGAGAAAGGAGGACCAGAUGAGGGAGGAGCUUCUCCUGGACGCAGCCGCUGAGCUGGGGAGGAGGCUAGAGGAGAAGGAGAAGGAGAGGGACGGGAGAGAGGGAGAGGGAGAGGGAGGAAUGGGAGCGGAGGGAGACAGGGAAUGGGAGUGAAUACCUGCUACAGGGAAAUGAAGAGUGGGCCGCCAGUCCAUCUGCCCCAGCUCCAGCCAAGGCUUGCAAUUGGCUGGCUGGCUGACUGAGAUGUGAUUGGCUGGCUGACUGACAGCUAAUUGUUUUCAUAUCAGUGCUUACCACGGAGAUUAGUUAUUUCCCUGUUAUAGAGCCAAUUGCCUUGUUGUCUGUCCUCACCUCUUUUUUUUUUUAAUGUUCAGAACCUGGUUUACUUUAUAUUGGUAUUUGCAUUGCACAGUAAACACUGUUCAGGAUGUGCUGAGAAGUCUCACUAAAAUAUUGCACAUUCCCUUUAAUUGGUUGUUGCACAGAAUUAGUUAAA